GUGGGGAUGGGGUGGGGGGUGAGGGCCUUUCAGCUGGAAAAGUCUCCAUGGGCACGCCUACAGACUGCUCAGUGCUUUCCUACACUUCAGUUUGGAAGGAUCAGCAGCCCCGGGGCCCAGAAGACCAAGUCCUGGAAAUGCCCCAAGGCACCGGCCACCGUCCUGCAGUUCCCUGUGAGGGCAGCCGGUUGAGAACUGGAGGGCCCAGCACAGCAGCGUGGCCUCUGGCUCAGGGCGGGUGUUGGGCCAGGCAGGGGGUCAGGCUCUGCCACCUGGACACUUAGUCAUCCUGCCCCAGCCUCACCUUCCGGACCCAUCAAGUGGGGCUGUGACCUCUACGUCAGUGAGGGGACCACGAGGGCACCUGGGUGAGGUGUAGGGUACACAUCCGGGCAGGGAAGUUCUCUCACCAGGACUACUUCUGUCCAGAGCUUCUCAGGAAGGUACAACUUCCGCGCAGAGGUGAAGUGGAGAAGGAAGGAGUUUCAGUUCAGCUUCAAUUUCAGUCUAGGAUCCAGAUACCCCACAGCACCUCCUCUGAGCGCUGCUGUACUGGAGAAGAUCCAGGGACCUGCCUUGCCCGCACUGCCUCUGGUGGUGAGAGUCAUGAACCCGGGGUCUCUGCUGCCAUACCACACAGCCCACACCAGCGCCAUCGGAGGGAGCAUGUUCAACCUCCCCGUGGGCAAACUACAGCGACAACUACACGAGGGAGGGGAAUAUGACAUCUUCAAGCAUGCGCCUAUAUUUGAGAGUGACUUCAUACAGAUUAAUGAACGUGGUGAAAUCAUCAAUGUGCACAAACGGGUGAGAGUAUUGACAGUGGGCAUCGCGUCCACCAGCCCCAUCCUCCUGAUACCAGACAUCAUGCUGCUGGCCCUACCGGCAGCCGACUGUGACGAGCAUGGCGGGUGUGGCCAGGCCACCAAGGGAAAAGGCCGCAAGGCUAGGAACACCUUAGAGCUCACCAGGCUCAUCCCCUUGAAGUUUGUGAGGAUCUCGAUUCACGGCCACCAGAAUCAACAGCUGCGCCUGAAGUUCACAACUGGCAGGAAGUACUACUUGCAACUAUGUCCCACUCGGGUCGCGACAGAAGACCUGUUCGCCUACUGGGAAGAGCUCGUUGACCUCCUGCCACCACCCCUGGCCUACUGCAGCGGCACCUACGUUGUCCAGACCCGGGUGACGCACAUACUUUGCUUGUCUAUGUUUGAGGAGAAGGACAGGAGGAGUCCAUCGGAGGAAGAUUUCCAAGUACAGUGGGAUCCGAACGAGGUCAGCAUCAGAUUCAUCGACGAGAUGUUCCACGAGGAUGAGGCCAACUCUGCAGCAUUUGCAGGUGGGCAUGGCCUUAGCAGGUGCAGCCACCAAGGGGCCAGGAGGAAGCGGAACCAUGGCAGGCACAGCCAACCUGUCCCCGCAGAGCAGGAACGUGGCUGUGGCAGGUGCAGAGAAGAACCCCAGGUUUACUUCCGACUUGCUCACCAGCCUCCCCAGGGGGGCCAGCAGGACCACGGAGUUCACAGGGACAGAGGGCACCCGCAAGACUGUGGCAGGACCACGCGGCAGAGACGUGGAUGUUCUGACGAAAACCGUGGACAGGACCGGGAUGGGGCCCUGAUCGAGGCCUCGGAGAACUGCCAGGGCCUGGGAAGUGCAGGAAGUUGGACAACUGAUGACAUGGAGACCUUCGAAUCCCAUUAGUAGGGCUUUCCUCACAAACGUUUAAAUAAACAACCAUAUAAUUUGAGAAAA